CUAAGCAGCAUUUCACAUCUGUGUUUGACAGAAGCACGGAACAGCAGACUGUUCAACAUCCACUACCAAAAGCAGGCUCUGCAGGUGAAAAGUUAAAACAGAACCUGGACUCUAUAAUUCCUACUUUUCCUGCAUUUCAGCACAACCUAUAUCCUAAGUAUAUCAGGAUUUUCUGCAAGAGAAAGAAGUUUUGUGCAUUGGUAUUUGAGAAAAGCUGGUGGAUGUUGAAGCUUUAAAUUAAUAUUUGAUAUAUACUGAACAUUUGAGUUCAUUAACACUGGUGCAUCUGUCCCUAUUGUUUGAGAAGAUGCAAAGCCCACUGCUCUUUUUCAUAGCUUUCUAAAAGAAGAAUAACUGAAGUAUCAUUUAGAGAGCCACUCCAAGGAUUUGGAAUAACUGGGGGUAAACUGGAAGCAAGCAGCAACAAAACGAAGCAGCACCAGGAAUAUGAAACAGACACAGUAGAAUUUAAACAGCUAGUGUGCAGACUGCAUUUCUAAUACAGAAGGUUUUCUAUCUGGGAGUUUGUCUGAGUAUUUGGCGACACAGCAUCCACAAAUGGUCUUUAGUCAUCUACUAGGUGUCUUCAAAAUACAGAUGCAGAAGUUAAAGCAAGUUAAAAGAGGCUGAUAUUACUACGGCAAGAAAAAGAAUGGAAGAAAAGUUACACAGCAAUUCAUCCAUUGUCAAUGGAACAACUGCUAACCAAAAACCUUUAGAAGGCCAUAGCUUAUGGGAAAUAAUUGCUAUUGCUACUGUAACAGCCAUUUUAAGCUUAAUAACCAUAGUAGGAAAUGUUCUUGUAAUGAUAUCCUUCAAAGUCAACAGCCAGCUCAAGACAGUGAACAAUUACUAUUUGCUCAGUCUUGCUUGUGCAGACCUCAUAAUUGGAAUAUUUUCUAUGAAUCUUUAUACAUCCUACAUACUUAUAGGUCACUGGUCUCUUGGAAGUCUGGCAUGUGAUUUGUGGCUAGCCCUGGACUAUGUAGCAAGCAAUGCUUCAGUAAUGAAUUUACUAGUUAUCAGCUUUGACCGAUAUUUUUCUAUUACACGACCGCUAACCUACAGGGCUAAACGCACACCCAGAAGGGCCGGCAUUAUGAUUGGCCUAGCUUGGCUGAUUUCUUUCAUUCUGUGGGCACCAGUAAUCUUAUGCUGGCAGUACUUUGUAGGAGAAAGAACUGUACCACCUGGAGAAUGCCAGAUUCAAUUUUUGUAUGAACCAAUUAUCACCUUUGGUACUGCAAUUGCUGCUUUCUACAUACCUGUUUCAGUGAUGACUAUUUUGUAUUGCCGUAUUUAUAAGGAAACUGAGAAACGCACCAAGGACCUCGCUGAACUGCAAGGCUCCAGUUCUGUGGCUGAGUUUGAAUCAAUAAAGCCCCAAAAAGCUCUGUUGAAGUCUUGCUUUGGUUGUAAGCAACAAAAUUUAGCUAAAAGGGAGAGAUGUCAGGCUUCAUGGUCUUCAUCUAGCCGAAGCAUCUCUGCAACAGGAAAAACAUCAUCUCAGAUUCAAAAUGCUUGUCAUGACUGGUCUAAGGCAGAGCAGCUAACUACCUGCAGCAGCUACGCCUCAUCUGAAGAGGAAGAUAAACAUGCCUCUGAUCCAGUAUUUCAGGUUGCUUACAAGAGUCCAGAAAAACAGAAAGAUGAUGAACAGGAAGAGGAGAAAAAAGAAGUUUUUAAAGAAGAUGAUCCAAAGGAGAAUGACUAUGAGACCCAGAAAUACUUUCUAACACCAACCAAAGCUCAUGUUCAAAAAAGUAAUAAAUGUGUAGCUUAUAAAUUUCGCUUGGUGGUUAAAGCUGAUGGUACUCCAGAAACUAACAAUGGUUGCCGGAAAGUAAAAAUCACACCUUGUUCUGCCACUAUAUCCAAGGACACUUCCAUAAAAAACAUGGAUCCAGGUAUAAAUCAUCAAAUGACUAAAAGGAGAAGAAUGGUUCUUAUAAAGGAGCGAAAAGCAGCCCAGACUUUAAGUGCCAUUCUUCUAGCUUUCAUAAUCACUUGGACCCCUUACAAUAUAAUGGUUUUGAUCUCCACGUUCUGCUCAGAUUGCAUUCCUCCAACUUUAUGGCACCUCGGAUACUGGCUAUGCUAUGUAAAUAGUACUGUCAACCCAAUCUGUUAUGCCCUCUGUAACAAAACUUUCAGAAAAACCUUUAAGUUACUGCUAUUCUGUCAAUGGAAGAAGAAGAAAAUGGAAGAAAAAUUAUAUUGGCAGGGAAAUACAAAGCUUCCUUAAUUUAAAUUAAAGUGUUUGGAAUAUAAUUGACCUUGAUCAAGCAUUGUAAAGUAAAUUGGCUGAAAGACAUAUUUUGUAAAGUUGUUGCUUUCCAUGUCUGCAGAUAAAAGAAACAUAGCUUGUGUGAUGGUACUUAUAUCCUUAAGGCUAUGAAGAAAGCAGGCACAGCAAGGAACAUUUCUAUAAUUCUGACUAGUUAAAAGAACAUUGUAAUUGCUGGUGAUUCUAAUGGAGUUGACCUAUACAUCCAUCAUGUCCCUUUAUUGGGAAAGUAAAAUUAUACGGUCCCACGUCUUUUUUCUAAUGCUUUGUUCAUUUGUCUCUUAACAGAAUGAAGGCAUAAGGAGUGCAAGUAUCAAAGGCCAUUAAUAAAUCAUGGUCAUUUUUUUCAAUAGACAGACUUGUUCUUGGAGUUAGCUGUAAGGCUAUAAACACACUACUUGGUGUUAACACUGUUAUUUUUAAAUGCGACAGAGAGAUAGUUUAUAGGGAAUAUAUAGUAUAGUAUAGUCUUUUGUAAUGAAGGAGCCAAUUGCAGAGUCAGCUUUGUUAGAGAAAUUAACAACAUGUACAAACAAAGGUAAUGGUUAGUUGGUUUUAAAAUUAUAUUUAUUCUUAUUUAACUGGUUAUGUGGAAGUUUUAUUUUUAAAAUCCAGUUCUACUGUUCAUGCAAAACAAAAUUGACUUUAUGGACUGCUUUCUUUUGUUUAUAACCCUGUGCAUGAGCUUCUAAGAAAAAAGAAGAAUAAUUAACUUCUUUACUGCCAUCCUGAAUACCUAUCUUGUCAGACCCAAAAAUUAGGUGCUUUGCUAUUCCUAAGAGACCUACAUAAAUCCCGUAGACCUCCAGGGGAAAAACAGAAAUCUGUGUUUGUAAUGGCUGGCAUUUAUACCUAUAAAGGGUUGAUUCCAGAAUGAAACCAAAUAAUCACAGACAAUCAUAUUAAUAUUCAUAUGAAUAUCAAAGUAUAAGUCUGCUCAUUCUUGCAAUAAUUCCAGGCAACAUAAGCUUGUCUAUUUCUACGAUCUUUAUCUACAUUGUGUCUAUAUUCUAUAUGAACAAAAUACUUCAAAAUUUAUUCGCGAAGGCUUUCAUGGCCGGGAUCUAAUGGUUGUUCUGGA